AUGGAUCCCGGUAGUGAUGAUGAUGAGGAUGCUAUUGUAAUUGGUGCUGCCACUUCAGUCCUAGCAGCAGGAUAUGCAGCUCUUGAAGUCUAUAAAACUCCAGUUGUUAUACCUAAACCACCUCAUGUUAAUAGGGAGCGAGCUAGAGAGGAUUACAUGGAUAGCAUAUUAUAUGGAAGUAGUUCGUAUUGCAUAGACCAAAUUAGAAUGGACCAAACUACAUUUUUCCAAUUACUAAAUACUCUCACCAUUAGAGGAUUAUUACAACCUACCAUUCAUAUGUCAGUGAGAGAGCAAUUGUUAAUGUUUCUGCAAAUAGUUGGCUAUAAUUUGAGGUUUCGAGUGGUUGGGGGGUACUUGUAUAGGUCAACUGAAACCAUACACCGCUAUUUUUCCAUUGUACUUGAUGCCAUAUUGAAACUAUAUCCAGAUUUAAUACAAUUGCCAAAUGGUGUGACUCCACGAGAGAUCCGUAAUAGUCGAAGAUACUACCCCUGGUUUGCUGAUUGUGUAGGGGCUAUAGAUGGGACACAUGUUGUUGCAAGUGUACCCCUUGAAAUUCAAGGAAAAUUUCGAGGUCGAAAGGGUUACCCAACUCAAAAUGUGUUAGCUGCUAUUUCUUUCGACCUCAAGUUUUCAUACGUGCUUGCUGGUUGGGAAGGAUCGGCACACGAUUCUCGUGUUCUUGAAGAUGCUCUUACAAGACCAAGGGGUCUACAAGUACUGCAAGACAAGUACUAUCUUGUAGAUGCUGGAUAUGGCAUUCGCAACGGUUUCAUUCCUCCUUAUUCUGGAGUUCGAUAUCACCUAAAGGAGUAUGAUGACAAUCCCCCUCAAAAUGAAAAAGAGCUUUUCAAUCUUCGUCACUCCUCAUUGCGAACAACCAUCGAACGAGGCUUUGGUGUUUUAAAGAAACGAUUUAAGGUGGUGGAUAAUGAUCCUUUUUGGGAUUUUAAAACCCAAGUAGAUGUGAUUCUGGCAUGUUGUAUCAUACAUAAUCACAUUAUGGGUAUAGCUCCAAAUGACAUGUUCAUGGAAGAGGUCAUUCAAGAGGAACAAUCUGAAACUCCAAAUGUUCUGACUGAACAAGCAUCUUACACACAGCCUUAUCAAACACAAAGUGAGAGACGAGCAGAAAAUAGAGAAUGGGCAAGGAAAAGAGACGCAAUUGCACAUGCUAUGUCUGUAGAUUACAUGCAAAGAAGACAAAGUAGAUAAUCUAGAUGGUGGUUGUAGUUUCUUUUUUAGUUUUGUUUUGUUUUAUGAUAAUGCUGGUUCGUUGGAUGCCAUGUAAGGUUGUCUUUGGCUCUAUAUGAGUGAUUUAUCUAUGUAGAGGUCUCGGCGUUCUGCCUGCAUAUAUAUGAAUAAAUCUGCCUGAUCAUUGAAAGAUUGCAGAAUUU